CAGUUCUCUCACCACACCACUCCGCCGUUCACACUUCCCUUUUCUCCUCCCCCUCCCCUCUUCCUCCUCGUGAAGGCUGCUGCCAUGGCCGUGAACAAGGUGGACGCCAAGGAGAGGGAGAAGACCGAGGCCGUCCGCAAGUUGCUGCGCAAGCAGGCCCCGCUCUCCGCCAAGCAGGCGCAGUACUGCAACGACGCGUGCGUGGAGCGGUUCCUGCGGUCGCGGGGGGAUAGCGUGAAGAAGGCGGCGAAGCACCUGAGGACCGUCCUGUCAUGGAGGGAGACCGUCGGAGCUGAUCACAUCAUGGCCGACGAGUUCUCCGCGGAGCUCGCCGAUGGCGUGGCCUUCGUCGCCGGCCACGACGACGACGGCCGCCCAGUUGUGGUGUUCCGAAUCAAGCAGGACUACCCCAAGUUCCACUCCCAGAAAUCGUUCGUGCGCCUGCUGGUGUUCACUCUGGAGGUGGCCGUCGCAUGCAUGUCCCGCUUCGUGGACCAGUUCGUCCUCCUCUUCGAUGCAAGCUUUUUCCGGUCGGCGUCAGCUUUCCUCAACCUGCUCAUGGGCACGCUCAAGAUCGUCGGCGACUAUUACCCCGGCCGCCUCCACCGCGCCUUCGUCAUCGACCCGCCCUCACUCUUCUCCGUCCUUUGGAAGGGAGUGAGGCCGUUCGUGGAGCUGGCGCCGGCGACGGCGGUGGUGUGCUCGCUGGACUUCGAUGACUCGCUGGAGGACGCAUCGUUCAUGGCGUAUCCGCGGACGGCGUCGCUGCGGUUCGAGCCGGCGGCGGCGGCGGCGGUCGUGGGUAAGGCGGGCGUGGGCUCGGCCUCGUCGCGGUUCUCCGUCAUCCCCACCGACAACCCCAUCAAGCCGUGGUACCUCUCCACCAUCCCGGCCUCGGUGGGCUCGCGCUGCGUGGUGCCGACCUCCAGCAGCCCGUCGCUCGUCGGCGCUUCCCCGCUCUCCGCGCGCUCCUUCUCCUUCGCCUCGCCCGCCGCGCUGCGCUCGACGGCGGCCACGCCGCCUCCGUUCCAGCGAGGCGGCGUGCCGCUGACGCUGUCCUCCGCCGCCAAGGGACAGAAGACACCGCCACCGCCGAUGCCGCAGCAGUUCCCGCGGACGCCGCGGCCGUCGUUCCUGCAGUCGCCGUCGAUGCUGUUCGCGUUCCGGAAGGACGGGCAAGCCAGCCGCGGCGAGCGCGAGCGCGAGUCCUUCCUCCCGUUCCUGCGCUUCUACCGCCGACCCUACGACGAGAUAUCCUACCGCGCCAAGAUGCGUCCCCCGCUCGGCGGCCUCAUAUCCAUCGUUAGCGAGAAGUUCAAGCAGAAGCCGGUGCAGCAGCCGCUGCGCCGACACGCGGGACUGCACCCGCAGCAGCAGCAGCACCAUCACCACCACCAUCAGCAGCAGCAGCAGAGGAUCUGAUCUGGUUCUGCAUGAAUCAGUCCAGGCGACUAGAGAAUUUUCUCCAUACAACAUAAUCCGAUGCUAUAUUAUGCUAAGUUAAUCUUUUGCCAACUUUUCCCCCAGUACUUAGUGCGUAGUAUGAUAUUCCUUGAACCCGUGUACAAUAACAGCCCUGAAAAUGUGAUUAAAAUCGACCCCUUUCUGCA